AUGAGGGAUCUAGAUGUUCAAGCGCCGGCCCUGAAUACUCCACUGGAUCGGGAAUUUUGGUCGCUCGAAGACCCCUCGAAGCCGAAUCUCCAGUUCCUCAAGCAACACCUGUAUCGCGAGGGCCGGCUCACUGAGGACCAGGCGCUGUGGAUAAUCAAAACCGGUACUGAAAUCCUUCGGUCUGAGCCGAAUCUUUUGGAGAUGGAUGCCCCUAUCACUGUUUGCGGUGACAUCCAUGGCCAGUAUUAUGAUUUGAUGAAGCUCUUUGAAGUUGGCGGCGACCCUUGCGAGACACGUUACUUGUUCUUGGGUGACUACGUCGAUCGAGGUUAUUUUAGCAUUGAAUGUGUUUUGUAUCUCUGGGCGCUGAAGAUCUGGUAUCCGAAGUCGCUUUGGCUGCUGCGUGGUAACCACGAAAGUAGCCAUCUGACAGAAUACUUUACCUUCAAGCUCGAGGUUAAACACAAAUAUAGCGAGCAGAUCUACGAGGCCUGCAUCGAAUCUUUCUGCUCUCUUCCGCUGGCGGCGGUCAUGAACAAGCAGUUUUUCUGCGUACACGGUGGCCUCAGCCCGGAGUUACACACUCUUGAGGACAUCAAGGCGGUUGAUCGAUUCCAUGAACCUCCAACCCACGGUCUAAUGUGCGACAUGCUCUGGGCCGAUCCUCUGGAGGAAUUCGGCCAAGAAACGACAAACGAAUUUUUCGUUCAUAACAGCGUUCGUGGCUGCUCAUAUUCUUUUUCCUACCCAGCUGCGUGCGCUUUCCUCGAGAGGAACAAUCUGCUUUCCAUUAUUCGAGCACACGAAGCCCAAGAUGCCGGGUACCGCAUGUACAGGAAGACAAGGACGACUGGCUUUCCUAGUGUCAUGACCAUUUUUAGUGCGCCCAAUUAUCUUGAUAGAUACAACAAUAAGGCCGCCGUCCUGAGGUACGAGAAAAAUGUGAUGAACAUCAGGCAAUUUAACUGCACUCCUCACCCAUUUUGGCUGUCCAACUUCAUGGACGUCUUUACCUGGUCCCUGCCGUUCGUUGGUGAGAAGAUCACCGAUAUGUUGAUCGCCAUUCUCAACACCUGCUCCGAAGAGGAAUUGGAGGAGGGGGAUACUCCUUCAACUGGUCCUGCUAGUCCCGCGUCGCAUUCCUUACCCGUCGACAUCGAUCCCACAGUCAACUCCAGCGAAAUUAAGCGACGGGCCAUCAGGAACAAAGUCCUUGCAAUCGGUCGUCUCUCCCGUGUCUUCCGGGUGCUCCGUGAACAAUCAGAGGGCGUCACUGAGCUUAAAACAGCAACUGCCGGUCGUCUGCCUCCCGGUACUCUCAUGCUAGGCGCUGAAGGUAUUAAGCAGGCCAUUCAUGACUUUGACGAGGCUCGAAAGGUCGAUUUGCACAACGAACGUCUGCCUCCUGCUCAUGAUGAAUUCAUCAAGCGAAGCGAGGAGAGCCUCCGCGUGGCUCUGGAGAACGCUGAGCAGGAUGCUGCCACCGACCCCGACUUAGCCUAUGUGGCGUGUAGGGUUAGCAGAUAA